ACUUUUUUUGGGGGGACGGACGUGACUAAUGCAGAAAUUUGUUUUGCGUGUAAUAGAACUUGGUUUUCUUGAUGGGUAACGGAGGAGGGGAAGAAGAGAAUGUGGAACUGGGAAUACAUAUCUAUAUAUCUAUGUAUCCUUCCACCGCGGCCUAAAACAAGUCAUUUGAGCUCCCAGUUUCCUCAAUUGUGGAAGGAUGGGGGAAUGCUGGGUUGGGGCCACCCAGAUCUCAGACGCAGGAAGGAACAGAGGUCACAGGCAGAGGGUGCGGUCAGGCUCCUCCCCGGGAAGGGAGGGCCACGAGAGCCCCACACCACCCCAAGCUCAGCCAGACCACGCGAAGAGGCGGGGAAGCCUCCCAACGGCCAACGGCUGCCCGCUCGGGGCAUUUUGGGAAACGGUGGCGGGGCUCCUUCGUAAGGACCUUCGGCCCCUCCUUCUAGCCUGGUCUUAGCUGUCUCGAUGACUGCCUGCGGGGGACGGCCCAGCUGGAGCGCUGGUUUCGUCCCACCGAGUCCCCGCGGAGGUACUGCUUUCAGAGAGGAAGGAAACGAAGGGGGAGCAUUGCCUCUUUCCAAUCCCAGCGAUGGGCUGAAGGGGCGGGAUUCCUCGCCCGACAGGCAGGCGUGGGCGCCAAUCGGGCAGCGAGGCUGCAGGGCUGCGGAGCCAAGCCUUAAAGGGGCCGCAUCCCUUUCUCACACUGCCGGAUGACCCGGAUGAUGGCGGCAAGGGCGGCCCUGGCCCUACUCCUGGCGGCAUGUUUGUCGCCGCUGGUGUCCGGGACGGGCUCCCGGGCUCCCCCACCUCAGGACGGCGAGUUCACAUUUUUGCUGCCCGCUGGCCGUAAGCAAUGUUUCUACCAGCCCGCACCAGCCAACGCCAGCCUGGAGGCCGAGUACCAGGUCAUCGGAGGAGCGGGGUUAGAUGUGGACUUCUCCUUGGAGAGCCCUCGGGGGGUGCUGCUGGUUAGUGAGUACCGCAAGUCGGAUGGGGUGCACACGGUGGAGCCCACAGAGUUGGGAGACUACAAGCUGUGUUUUGACAACUCCUUCAGCACCAUUUCAGAGAAGCUAGUCUUCUUUGAGCUUAUAUUUGACAGUCUACAAGAUGAGGAGGAUAGUGAUGGCGAUGGUUGGGCUGAUGUGGUGGAGCCUGAAGAAAUGCUUGAUAUUAAGAUUGAGGACAUUAAGGAAUCCAUUGAGAUGAUGAAGACAAGGCUGGAGCGCAGUAUCCAGGUGCUGACUCUGUUGAGGGCUUUUGAGGCUCGAGACCGUAACCUGCAGGAGGGCAACUUGGAGAGAGUUAACUUCUGGUCUGCUGUUAACGUAGGGCUGCUGCUCUUGGUGGCUGUACUCCAAGUGUGCACGCUCAAAGGCCUCUUCCAGGAUAAGAGAGUUGUGCGCACAUAACUCUCCCUGGAGAGGGGAGCUGUGGGAGGGAAUGGGGGGUGGGUGGGUUGGAGGGAGCCUCUCUCUCCUGCCCAGGAUCUAUUCAUAGCCCUGGGUUGAGGAACAAUUGGACUUCCUUGAGGGAAGCAGUUUAAAACUGACCAAGAAAGGGUCGAGAAGCCUGGGGCACCGAUUCUUCCCUUUUGUCAAGGACAUAGAGGGCAUCUUGAUGGAACGGGUACUCAUGUCAGAGAUUUCUUAGGAACUUCUAUCCUCUGGAGCUUAGGACACCCCAAACCUAAGCUGAGACAAAGAGGCCUGAGCAGAGAACAACUGGGAUGGUGGGAGUGCAACUAGGUGGUACAGUAUGGGACUUGCAGGCCUGGAGGGGCUGCUGGCUCCAUUACUGAAGAAAGCAAAGAGGGAGAGAUGGGGUGAAAUCUUUUGUUCCAAAGCUGCCCAGAGAUCAAGGGUUAUCUCCCCCCCUCCUCCCACGUGCCUUAAGUAUUGUCCAUCCUGGGGCAAACUCCCCUCCCCAUCUCACCCUAUUCCUCUCUGGCCUUUCUGAGUGUCCCCCUAAGUCAGGGUGUGGCCUCAUUCUCUAGACUCUAGGCUGAGUUCCCUCCCAGAAUGGCCAUGUGACCUUUCUCCUAUUCCUCUACUCUUAUUUCAGUCCCCCUCCCCCCAACUAUGCCAGCUGCUCAGAGACAAAAUUAGCUCUGUGUGGGGCAGGUGCCCAGUCCCCAACAGAAACUUAAGAGAUGAAGUGGGAACAAGUGGGGGCAACCCCCUUGUGCCUCACCAAGAACUUUUAAUGAAACUCAGACACUGUUAUAUGCUUGCCCAGGACUGUCAGUUUAUUGGAGACAGGAUGGGUUGUUCUCCUCCAGCCUGGUGCUGCCUGCAGCAGGGGGAAGGCUUUGGCUCAUGGCCUACGUAAAGUUCUAAACAGCACCAGUGUGGCUGCAUCCCCAACCAGAGGACUUGACCCACUUCAAAUCAAAUGAAGGCCCUUUGGGACUCAGCUGGCCAAGGGAACAAGGGCAGUACCCUUACUGGGCAGAAAGCUGUUAGCCAAGGGUAGAAAGGGGUGACUCCUGAGCCACAUGGAACAAAGUACCAGCUCUGGUUUAAUAAAUUACUCUUGGAAUCGU